AUGCCUCCUGGUAUCAUGACUUCUGUACGUGCACUCAUGCAUUUCUGUUAUCUUGUGCAAUCGCCACACAUUGAUGAUGAUAAUCUUGCCCACAUCUCGGCUGCAUUGGAUGAGUUCCAUGUGAAUAAGCAUGCAAUCAUCACUGCUGGGGUUUGCCAUGGAAAAGGCAAUACAACCAUCGACAACUGGUACAUACCCAAACUCAAGCUAAUGCAGAACAUCGUUCCUAGCAUCUGUAGCUCUGGCAUUAUAGGUCAAUGGUCUGCCAAUGCCACGGAACAUGCACACAUCACGGAAGUCAAAAACCCUGCAAGAUCAACCAACAACAAUAAUUACGCUCCGCAAAUAUGUUGUUAUCUGGACCGCGCUGACAAGUGUAAUAGGUUUGAUCUUGCCAUCGAUCUUUUGGAUGGCAAGCUGAAUGAUGACAUUGAUGAGGACGCAGAUGUGGAGAUUGUUGCUGUGGAGAUUCCAUCCAGCGCUCAGCAACCUGAUCAGCCGCCAGGAUCAAUACCCAUCCCACUAUGCUCUUUCGUUGUUGGGCGCACUGCCCUCCAUCUUGCAUAUGAUCCUUCUAUUAGGAAUAUCAGUGUCGAUGAAGUUGCCGUCACGUUCAACCUACCAGACCUUUGCCCAGCUAUCGCUGAUUUCCUUCACCGUGAGGAGACAUCUGGACAUCGUGUUCAUGCAAUCAGUGGUCCUCAAAGAGCUGGACCUGAAGCUGAACUUCCAUUUGAUAAGCUUCAAGUCUGGUUCAAAAUAUGUUUACAAGAAACGGACUUUCACAAUGCCCAUAAAAUUCACCCAGCUCAAACAUUAAACUGUGCACCACCUAGUGAGCCCUGGACUUCGGGCUGUUAUGACACCGUCAUUAUCCAGACCAACACAGAGCAGUCAUGGCCUACUUGUGGUCUUUCAGGUCACUCGGUAGCCCAACUCAGACUUCUCAUAUGGCCUAUUGGCAAAAGUGGUAUUCCAUGGUCUUGGGAAGAUCAGUUCAUCACCUAUUUGCAACAAUUUGAUAUCUCUAGUGAACGCGAUCCAACUACUCAGCUACAUGUGCUGAGAAGAUCGAAGCGCUCUAAUGGCAGUCGGAUGGGGGACAUCAUUCCAGUUUCUCAGCUGAGAGCACCUGUCCAUUUUGUCCCCCGCUUCAGCGCAACUGCAGAUACACAUUUUACUGCCUAUAACAGCAUGGAGCAUGCAUCUAAGUUUUGGCUAAACUAUUUUUGGGACAAAAAUAGCUUUUUUGCGCUGUCAGCUUAA